AUCGGUUCGGCAUGAAAAUUCACUCGGAAGACAAAAAACGAAUCAGUGUUCAGUCUUUGCUUGUCCGUCGACCAUUUAUGACGUGUUUUUCAAUUGAUGCGCACAUCGCGUACUCUGCCGGCAUUUUCCGACCCAAUAUAUUCUAUAUAUGCGUGGAGACUUGGUGAGCUCUUCUGUUAUUUGUGCGUACUUACGAGAAGGUGAAAUGUAUGGGAUGGCGAUAAUUGUCUAACCUGUUCUAAUCGCGCAGUGUGGCAUUCUGUGGGAAAAUUUAAGACAAUUGGUGCGGUUUUUCUGAUGUUAUUCGAAACGUAGUGUUUUUUUUAUCUUCAAAGUUAUAUCAAAUUUGCGGCAGGAAAGUUUACUAGUGUAUCCACAAUUGAGAGAUUGGUCCCAUUUAUUGCUCAUCGUGAGUGCAUCUGAACCUGUUCCACCUUAGUUUGUAUAACGGUCCCACUGUUUUCAAGGAUUUAAGCAAAAUGUUACUGCGAAAUGGUAUAAGCUUAAUUUUGCUGCUAAUGUGUGUAAUUUCAACGCUAGCAGCCGCACCCGAUGACGAAGAGGGUUCUACGGCGGCGAUCAGAGGAAAUGAGAAUGAAACUGUCAAAUUGGCAAAAUCGUUAGGAUCAAGCAGCAGGUCUCGGAAAGCGAACCCCAAGUCGACACCAAUUACCUAUAUAACGACUCUAUCCGAUGUCGGCCAUCAGCACUACGCCAAAGCACUGCCGAAAAAAUACGGCAAAGCGGUGGCGAAAGCGCGGGAAGAUAAAGCACAACACAAGAAAGACAAAUUCAAACAUCACCACGCGGAAAAAUCUACCGGGAAGUCACUCGAGGUGGUCCCCAAAGAGGAACCACUGAAUAAUCCAGCGUUGCUCAGCAAAUUGGGUCUCGGCAAGGUGCACGUCUCGUCCAGCCAUCAGAAGAAACGCUUGGCGGUGGAGUCCCGCCAUCACGGUCGACCCGAUGACUCACAUAUGUUCGUGAUCAAGCUGCCGCCGAAUCCCUACUACUAUACCAACAAUGGACCGGUUCCGGCGCCGAACGCCAUCGAGGAAGUAGGCAGAAAGGUUCCAGUGGGUUUCAAAUCGAACGGUAAACCAGGGCGUAUUUACCAUUGGAACAUACCGGUGCUGAAGAAGAUUCUCGGCAACAACCAAGGUCGCAAUCCGAAUUCGCGUCAUCACGAUAACAUAGACGAACUGAUUGACAUCAAGGAUAUUCCAACGUGGACAAAACCCUGGGAGAAUGAAGCGUUGGAUAAAUCGCUGAUCAAGUUUAGUGCAGUGGAUCACGCUGAAAAAUUACAAAAAAGAAAGUCACCAACGUAUUAUGCACCGAUCAAAGCCAAGAAAAGUGCCCACGGAAAGUACUAUGCGAGCAAUGGUAAACCUCAGAGUUUCUACGUGAUUGAGAAGAGUCAGAAAAAUUUGAAACCCAUUCACCACCAUAAACUGAUUCCGUAAGACGAACCAUAUCGGAAACGACCUUCUUGCCAGUUUGCUGAAGAAGAAAGGAGGGAAAUAGAUAGUACACAUAUUGGAGAAAUGUAAAAUUGCGUUGUUUGAAACAAGCAACGAAGCAGAAAACAUAAAGAACAAAAUCAUAACGUAUACACGGAGCUUUAUUUAACAAAACAUAUUGGGAGCUUUUUCCAACCGUUCGCUCUUUGGUUUGUGUCUUUGGCGAUUAUUUGCCGAACUGAUCGUGAUCGUCUUCGAUCAGGACGGGAUUGCAGCAAAGACACAAACCGAAGCGAUAUUUCAUGGCACAUAUUUUUUCGCCUUUGAGCUGAGCCUGGGUAUUAUCGAAUUGAAAAGUGCAUACACUUUUUUAAAUUGCAUAGCUUUUAGGAUUUAUAUAUAAAUAGUUAGGUUAAGAAUGUAGAUCUGUAAUCGAAAGCAAUUAAAAGACUAAAAGUUUUAUUGUAGUAUUUAGAAAUGAUGUAAAUUACAGACAAUACGGUACUAAUAUGUAAACGGCUUUUACAAAAUUCUUGGACUUUCUAACUUCCAUCUGUGAGUCUAUUUCGAAUGCACCAUUCCAAUUCAGUGAUAGUUUUUGUAAUAAAUAUACAUGAUGAAUACGAUUGAACGUGUUUACACGUUUUGAAAUAAAUGUUCGCAAAAGAA